AUGCGGCGGGAUUUAUCAAUUAUCCUGCAAAUGGGCUUAGCCUUUGCAUUUAUUUUUUCGGCCUUCAACUCACAAGGUCUUAUCGAAAUCUCAGUUCUCCGAAAACUUGCCGAAAUCUCGCCAGAAACUGGAAUCACUGAAGCCAGUGGUUAUUACAGUUUAUCGAUUGUAUAUUUUGUGUUCACAAUGAGUAAUUUGAUCGUUCCAACAUUGGUGAAAAAAUUGGGAACAAAAUGGAGUCAAGUUUGUGGCGCAUUUUGUUAUCUGAUUUUCAUGCUCACUUUUUUGCGAUUAAGUGUCUCGUUGUUAUAUUUUGGAAGUGGAGUUCUUGGAUUUGGAGCUGCUUGUGAGUUUUUUUCCAAGAUUCUAAAAAAUAUCAAUAAUAAAAUAAACUGUUUUCAGUGUUGUGGACUGGUAAUGGAGGAUAUCUUGUAGAAUUUUCAAGAAAUGGAAAACUUCCAAGAAAUUCUGGAAUUCUUUGGGCAAUGUUGCAAUCAUCAUUGAUUACUGGAGCAUUCUUCUUGAUUUAUGUGUUACGAAAUGGGUAAGUGGUGGUUUUUUGAAAAACCGAAUAAAAAACAAAUGUUCAGAGAUCUCACAAGCAAUUAUAAAAUGGUUUACACUGUUUUCGCCGGAGUUUCUUGCCUUGGAAUCAUUUGCCUUGCCUUGCUUCCAAGUUAUCCACCACAGUUUGGUAAGUUUUCAAUAACUUUUCUUUAAUGUUCUCCCAACUCGACCUUUUUCAGAACAACAAUUUGAAGAGAUAGUCCGCUCCGAAUCCCAGGAAAAUCUGAUUGAUGAAGCUAGAAUUAGCGAAGAAGAUGAUGGAACAAUUGUUGAAUCUGUUAGAGCUGAACGACCAAGUGUUUUUGCACUUUUGGCGACACAAGAUAUGCUUUGUCUUUCUGUGACCUUUUUGUAUACUGGUUUUGAAAUGACUUUCUAUACAGGUAAUGUUUUGAUAUAAAUGAGUGAAAGAAGAAAAUCAAUAUCAAGAAGGAGAUAAUUACAUACAAUCGUAUUUGAUUUGUAUCCCUUGAAGAUCCGAUUUCAAAAGAUAUAUUUUUGCUCUGAAGAUCUGGAGGGUUCUUGAAAUUUCCCACAAAAACUGAAACAUUUAAUGACUUUUCUGAAUCUCUGUAUCCAACUAUUUUCAGGUGUCUACACGGCUUGUCUUUCUGCAACUCUCGCUCUCAAGUCUUAUUCGGAUCUUGUUAUUCCAUACAACGCUUUGGCUUUGGGUGUCGGACAAAUCAUUGGAGGAGUUUUGACUGGACCAGUUUUGAAACGAUUCAACUAUACAAGAUCUCAAAUUAUUUUGAUGGGAAUGAUUGGACAUGUUUUGGCAUUCUUCUUGUGUUUCUUGAUGUUACCAUUUGAUUCGACUAUUCAUCCAUCGGAUAUGAUUACUUAUGCGAGUCCAACGUGAGUUUUCUUUUUUUUUUCAUGAAACCCCAACUGAUAGAUGUUUUUUCAGUUUGUGUUUGACACUUCUUAUCGCAUUCUUACUCGGAUAUUCUGAUGCUUGUUGGCAAACUCAAAUCUACGUUGUGAUUGGAGAAAUGUACAAAAAAGACUCGGUCAACGCUUUUGCUAUUUAUAAAUUCUUCCAGGUAACUUUUAUUGAAAUAAUUUUUUUCAUAUAAAAAAUUUCGAAUUUUCAGUCAAUGGCUGCUUGCAUUUCAUUCUACUACAGUGCAACACUUUUGCUUCAUUGGCAAUUGUUGAUUUUAACAGUCGGCUGCUUUUUGUCAGCAAUUUUUUUCCUUCGAAUCGAGUUCAAAAAUGAAAUCAGGAAUAAUCCGCCUGUUGUUGUGGAUAAUGAAAAUGCCGAACAGCAAUAA